AUGGAGCAGACAUGGAACAGCAUGGAGCAGCAUGGAGCAGCAUGGAGCAACAUGGAGCAGCGAGGAGUAGGCAUGGAGCAGGCAUGGAGCGGCAUGGAGCAGGCAUGGAGCAGCAUGGAACAGGCAUGGAGCAGCAUGGAGCAGGGCGCGGGGGGCGCGGGGGGCGAGGGUGUGGCCCUGCAGCGCAACAUCACGCUGCUCAACGGCGUGGCCAUCAUCGUGGGCACCAUCAUCGGCUCGGGCAUCUUCGUGACACCCACUGGUGUGCUCAAGGAGGCGGGCUCGCCCGGGCUGUCGCUGGUGAUCUGGGCCGUCUGCGGCGUCUUCUCUAUCGUGGGCGCACUCUGUUACGCCGAACUGGGCACCACCAUCUCCAAGUCGGGCGGGGACUAUGCCUAUAUGCUCGAGGUCUACGGCUCGCUGCCCGCCUUCCUCAAGCUCUGGAUCGAGCUGCUCAUCAUCCGACCCUCCUCGCAGUACAUCGUGGCGCUGGUCUUCGCCACCUACCUUCUCAAACCGCUCUUCCCUACCUGCCCGGUGCCCGAUGAGGCCGCCAAGCUCGUGGCCUGCCUCUGCGUGCUGCUGCUCACGGCCGUGAACUGUUACAGCGUGAAGGCUGCCACCCGGGUCCAGGACGCCUUCGCUGCCGCCAAACUCCUGGCACUGGCCUUGAUCAUCCUGCUGGGCUUCAUCCAGAUCGGAAAGGGUAAUGUGUCCAAUCUGGAUCCCAAGUUCUCAUUUGAAGGCACCAAACUGAACGUGGGGAACAUCGUGUUGGCGUUGUACAGCGGCCUCUUUGCCUAUGGGGGAUGGAAUUACUUGAAUCUUGUCACAGAGGAGAUGAUCAACCCCUACAGAAACCUGCCCCUGGCCAUCAUUAUCUCCCUCCCCAUCGUCACCCUGGUGUACGUGCUGACGAACCUGGCCUACUUCACCACGCUGUCCACUGAGCAGAUGCUGUCGUCAGAGGCUGUGGCCGUGGACUUCGGGAACUACCACCUGGGCGUCAUGUCCUGGAUCAUCCCCGUCUUUGUGGGCCUGUCCUGCUUCGGCUCCGUCAACGGGUCCCUCUUCACGUCCUCCAGGCUGUUCUUUGUGGGGUCCAGGGAGGGCCACCUGCCCUCUGUACUCUCCAUGAUUCACCCGGAGCUCCUGACGCCCAUGCCCUCCCUCCUGUUCACGUGCCUCAUGACCCUGCUAUACGCCUUCUCCAACGACAUCUUCUCCGUCAUCAACUUCUUCAGCUUCUUCAACUGGCUGUGUGUGGCCCUGGCCAUCAUCGGGAUGCUGUGGCUCCGAUACAAGAAGCCUGAGCUGGAGCGGCCCAUCAAGGUGAACCUGGCGCUCCCCGUGUUCUUCAUCCUGGCCUGCCUGUUCCUGAUCGCCGUCUCCUUCUGGAAGACCCCCAUUGAGUGUGGCAUCGGCUUUGCCAUAAUCCUCAGCGGCCUCCCGGUCUACUUCCUCGGGGUCCGGUGGCAAAACAAGCCCAAGUGGCUCCUCCAGGGCAUUUUCUCCACGACAGUUCUUUGCCAGAAGCUCAUGCAAGUGGUCCCCCAGGAGACAUAAGAGAGAGGAGCCGGGAAGCUGGCGGAUGGAAAAUACACAAAGAUCAUUUUAAAACAACUCACCCACCUAAAAGGCGACCCGUUCCAUCAUCCAGGCAGCUCAGCUGAGCGCCCCGCACUGUCCCUCCACCAGGUCAGGUGCCAGGGCCACUGUGAAAACUGGUACGAAUUUAGUCCCAGAAGACGGACUUCUAUCGAUACCUCCUCCAGAGUGCGAGGCACGAAUGUUGAACUGAGAAGAGGCUGCGCCUUCUGACAGACCGCGGACUUUUUCCAUGUUGGGCCCUUGUCCUUUCCCACCUUUGUUUAUUUGUGUUUUUUUCCUCCUUUUCUUUUGUAUUAUUUUUUAACUUAAAUUUUGGGGUCAAGUUGACACCACCAA